CGGAGGGACCGCAGCAGCGAUGGUCCGAGGAACGCGGGCCAAGGCCAAGGCCGCUCCGGCGAAGGAAGCGACGACGAAGCAGGGGACCCAAGGACGCAAGGAAGCGCUUGAGAAGGGGGAAGACGAAGCCGAGCAUGAAGCGUCUGUGACCCGCGGGUCCAAGCGUGUGCGAGCAAAGCCCCACGCUUCGGACGAGGACGAUGCUGCGUCCUCCGAUGCCCCCGAGGUGCGCAAGCAGCCGGCAAAGCGUGCUCGGAAGGUGGCCGAGGUGCAGGAGUCCGACGAGGAUGAUGCACCUCGGACCGAGGCGCCUCGCCGUCGCGGCCGCGCCACGAAGCAGGCAACAUCGACCCCCAAGACAGAGGAGAGCACAGACGACGAAUCCCCAACACCAGCGGCGUCCAGUGCUCGAGGACGCUCGGGGAAGGGUGCUUCCAAGUCUUCGACGCCAAGUAAGAAGGCGUCAACUCGACGUUCAUCACGAAACGCGGCCACGAUGGACGUGUCGCAAGACGAUGCCAACGACAGCGACAAGUCUGCAACGGGAAAUGUCGAGCCUGCUGAAGAGGUGAAGAUGUCCCCCGCGCGAGCACGUGCGACGCGGCGCAGCAAGGCGACGACGCCUGCGAAAAUAUCAACGCCAAACAAAGCGACGUCCGAGCCCAGUGCAACCGAAGAAGAUGCCAACGAGAGUGACGCCUCCGAAUACGACGAAGAAGAGGAGACGAAGAUAUCGGCGCAGCGACGCAGCGCGCGUACCCGCAACCCAGCCCCGACGUACAAGUCGCCGUCAAUUGCAGCCAUGGCAACGGCCGCUGCGGUCGAAUCCAGCUCUGCCCAACCGGGUCGUGUGCCGCGACCCAACGCACGUACGUUGAACCCAAAAUUGAAGGCCGUCAAGGGCAAAGGUGGUCGCAAGAAGGAUGAGUCGGAUGACGAAGCCGACAAAGACCUCUUUGAAGCGGUGCGAGAAGGCACAUGCAGCAUCCCCGACUUGCUUCAAGGCUGGCGCAGUCGCUACGAAAGUGAUACCGAUGCUGCUAGCCGGAGCUGCUCAACUUCAUAUUGCAAUCUUGCGGCGCCGCCUCCAAGUCGGUCAAGGACGACGACGACAUUGAAGAACUGGACAUGGGCACGCUCGUGGACGCGAUUGUGGUCGACCUUGAGGCCUCCAAGGAUCUCAACUACCCGAUCGUGUCCAAGACGAAGGUGUACCGCUACUUCAAGUCAUCGUUUGCCGAGUUCUGGGAGCAAUUCGUCGUCGAAUGCUGGGACAGCGAGACGUUCCAGUCGACGGACGUGGUCGAGAACUGCAUUGACUGGCUGACGACGCUUUCCAGCGCUGAAGUUCGGGCCGUGCGACAUACAUCGACUAUGGCUGCGUACGAGAUUGGCAAAGCCCUCGUCGACCGCGCGCGCUUGGUGCGGGACCAAAUGGCGCCGAUCGCGCGACAGUACACCGCCGAAGCUAAGAAGCUGAAGGACACGCCCAAAAAGACACCCAAGUUUAAAAAGCUGCACGAGACCAAGAACAAGUACGACACGCAGCGCAAGAAGAUCAUGGCGGCCAUCGACAUGCUCUUCAAGGGUGUUGUCGUACACCGGUACCGCGACAUUAUGCCCGAAGUGCGGGCCGCAUCGGUCGCGGCGCUCGGUGCGUGGAUUCAGCGCAUGCCGGACGUGUUUCUCGAAGACAACUACCUUAAGUACUUGGGUUGGAUGCUCAAUGACAAGCACGCCAAGGUCCGUGUCGCCGUGCUCGAGGCACUCCAAGGCAUUUACGAGUCGGCCAAGCCGUCUAAGAUCGAGGCAUUCAACGCUCGCUUCUUGCGCCGGUACCUCGAAAUGUGCGACGACGUUGACGAUGAUGUGGUCCUGCGUGCGAUCCACUUGGUCGCCAAGAUUGAUCGACUCGACAUGCUUGGCGACGAGUGCGAUUUGACGGUCGUCGAGCGUCUUGUCUUUUACGACCAAGACGACCGCAUUUCCAAGGCUGCGGCGGAGUUUGCAUGCCUUCAAUACGAUGCAUUCGGUGUUAGCCGUCAAAAAGAGCUCUCGGAGGCGCAACUGACGACGCAAGCCAUAGCACUCAUCGAGUUUGCCGAAGAGUACAUGGAGUCCCUUGGCGAGAUCGAGCGACCGAUGGAGACCCUCGUCAGUGCCUUUUGGGACCUUGAAGAUUGCCAGGUGAUCCAGAACUGGCGGCUAUUGGCCAAGCUACUGGGCUCGGACUCGCAAGACCCGGCCCUCACGUCCGAGCAACAGACCAUCUUGAUCCAGCUGAUCGCCGCCGUGCUCAAGCGGCUCUCAGAGGACGAGUCGGCGCCAAAAGCGCGCAAAGCAAGUUCGCGCAAGAAGACGUCGGACGAGGAGCCAGCAUCCAUUUACUUUUGCCGCGAGUUGCCGCACUUCAUGAUGCGUUUCCAGGCCGACUCGGAAAAGGUGUGCUUGCUCCUGCAGUGGCUCUCGCUCCUCAACUGGAACGCGUCGAACAUCAACCAACACCACGAGCACGUCGAAAUGCUCUUGCAGCGUCUCAAGCAGGUCUAUAUUACGUACUCGGAAGAGCCGUUCUUGGAUGCGCUCUCAAGCGCGUUCCACUACAUGGCAGAGAGCAGCAACACAACGCUCAAGCGCGACGUGGAUGUCGUGCUCUUUGCGAUCGCGCAGGAAGGCGUUGACCAGUGUGCGACGCUCAUCCGUCAGCGCAACCUCGACGACGACGGGCACUUCCUCGGCGGUUACCUCGACCUGCGCGAGUAUCUCAAGGCGACAGACCGGACGUUGCUGCUCGAGUUUAUCGCGGACCGUAGCACCCACUUUACCGGCGACGCGCUUGCGAUCAAGUACGCGCUCAACAUUGUGCUCAAGGACCUCCUCUGGGCAACGACGCCCGUCUUUGACAUGCUUGAGAAGAGCGAGGUGCACGACGACGUCGACACUCAUAUUCAGAAAGUCCUUCGGCGCCGGCAUGCAGUGGAAGAUGCGCUCUUGCAGCUCCUUUCGAUGCACCUCAAGCAGCCCGUGACGCGCGACACGCCCAACGUGCACGACGUGCUUGAUGACGAGCUUGACGAGGACGCGCCGCAUUGGGCAGAGAUCCAAGCGGUGCAACUUGAGGCGUUCAAGGCGCUCUGCGAUGUCCGAUGCUUGUGUGUCGAGAAGUUUGAUGCGCUCGCACCGCCCUUGGACAUUGUUGCAUACAAGCCGCAUCCGAACCUCCUUGCGCUGAGCCAAUCGUUCUACGAGCGCACGCUUGAGAGUGGCGACGAGGACGAAAACGCGCAGCGGGACGUGGUUGUCGCGCUCGCGAGCGCGUCUAUUUGGAAUCCUCAAAACAAGCGCCAAGCCGCUUCGGUGCUCCGACUCGUCACGUACGCGGGCCUGCGCCCGAUCGCCAAGGCGUUUGGGAAGCUCCUGAGCUCGCUCUCGCCCGUGAAGCUCCUUGAAGUGCAGAUGGUGGCGCUGCGCCACACGUUCGAGGACUCGCCGCAAACAGCCAUCGAUCUCGCCAAGGCGCUGAGCCAGUCUCUCGGUGUGAAACUUCCGGUGUCGUUGCGAGGGAGCUAUCUCAAGUUCCUCUUUGAGGGUCUCCGCGUCUCACUGUUGUCACCGCUGGACGAGCAUGUCGGAUUUCUCCAGCUUCUCAAACCGUACUUGUACCGUCUCGAGAAGGCGGCGAUGAAGGAGCUCCAGGAACAUUUUGAUGCGCUUCGCGGCCGCCUUGUCGACGACACAACUGACGUCGAUGGCAUUCUCGAUGAGUUUUACACGGUCUUGACGGGAGCCGCUCCCAAGCCAAGUGAGUCCUCCAGUGUCCCGACGCCCAAGAAGCGCCGCCGGGCAACGUCCUUGUCUGACGACGAUGACGACGCCGGUGCGACCAACCCCGCGGUCUCGAACAUCACGAUUCGGAAGCGUCGUCGCGGUCCCGAGGCACAACCGACGCGACGAAGCAGCCGCAUCCGCUCAGCGCCCGACUCGGAUGAUGAGGUGUUUGACCUCAAGGAGACACCAAAUGUCAAGAUGAGCAGCGAGGCCUCCGUCGACGAAGACAAUGCGAAGGACGACGAGGAAGCGACCAUGGUCGACGAGGAAGAGACCAAGGACGAUGAGGAAGAGACCAAGGACGACGAGGAAGAGACCAAGGACGACGAGGAAGAGGCCAAGGACAACGAAGACGAGGUGAUCAACGACGACGAGGAAGAGACCAAGGACGACGAGGAAGAGACCAACGACGUUGAUGAGGAUGUGGCACAAGUCGAAGACGAAGCCCCAACGAUGGUCGCGAGCUUCCGCACCAAGAGACGAAAGACGGGUUAG